UCACAUGACAGCUCUCAGUCUCUCUGGGGUUUAUUUCGCUGUUGAUACUGUGAGAUGGAGUCUACAGAGUCCGUUUGGUUAAAGGCCCCGGGCUGCCUGUCUGUGGAGGAUGUUUACCGCAUGGCUGCUUGUCUCGGCUCCGAGCUGCAGACACUGACCGAGCGUUUCGGAGCGGACGCGGUUGCUGGCGUUGUACCGCAGGUAGUGCGGGUGCUGGAGCUCCUGGAGUCCUACGCGGGAUUCGGUAGAGAGCGAACCUGUCAGGAGGAGGAGAUGCUUAUAAGAGCUGUAAAUAGCCUACGUCUAGGGAGAGACAAGCCCCCGGGUCAGGAUCUGCAACAGAAACUGUUUGAAGCUCAGAGGAAGGAGCAUGAACUGCAGAACCGUCUGUCACAGCUGACUGAAGAGAAUCAAACGCUCUUGGGGCAAUUGGCAGAUACAAAAUCACAGGAAGAAUGUGCUGUGCGAGAGGAACGUGAUCUGAUGCUGAAGUUGAAGCAGGUGGUGGACAGACAGAGAGACGAGAUUCGAGGACUGAUGCAUGAAAACCAGCAGGGGAAUCAGAGCAUAGAAGCGCUGCAGGAGCAGUUACAACGCUUCAUGAAAAUGAAUGAGGAUUUACGGCACAAAAUGUCUGUGGUGCAAGCUCAGCUGAAAAGCUCCUUACAGAGGAAAACCGAAUUAGAGAUUUUGUUGCAGGAAAAACAGAAAGAAAUAGACCCUUUCUCACAGACAAGUGCUGCUGUUCGUCCAUUAUCACCAGACAGCAACAUGAACGCCGUGGCAUUAGGCAAUGAGGAACAGAAUUCGACUGAAGGCAAAAAAUCAAAUGAACUGUGCUUUACCAAGGAAGAUGUUAAGCAGAUUGUGCAGGAGCGUAAUGAGCUGAAGACAAACUUAUUUCUUGUAAAUGAGGAGCUGCAGUAUUAUCAGAGAGAGUUACUGAAUGAUGAGCGGAUUCCAAGUCUUCUCUUGUGUGGGAUGAAAUCAGCAAUAAGGAAACAACGGAAAAAGAUCAAAGCCAAAAUGUUGGGAAUUGUGGAGUCUCCAACCAGCAGUGAUGAAGAGGAUAGUACAUGGACACAAACAUCCGGCACAGACUGUGUGGAUUCCAGGCCCAGAGACUCCAAAAUUAGGAGCUUGUUUGGUAUGUGGUAUAGCAAACAAGCACCUGAUGUGGGAGCCUGGGAGAUUAUUAACGCAAAAGAAAUAAACCUGGCGCAGAAACCAGAAACCAUCAGUGAAAAUGAAUGAAUACAAUCUGUUGAGGAUGUCCUUCAGUUACCCAUUGCACUUUUUACAACUACUGUCUGAGCAUUGAUUCUGAUUACCCAUUACAAUGGUCAGAAAGGAUGAUUUGUGUGUUAUUUUACUGUGUUCAGGUCUAGUUACAUACUGGUCUUACUAAGUAAGAGUGUACAAUCUUGUUUGUGACAAAUAUGUAAAAAAAUUCUAAUCUUAGAAAUGUAUAUUGAGAGACAUUAAUCUCUUAAAUAGAAAGCAUUGUUUAUAGUGUUUUUUCUGAGACGUGUCUAAAGGAGGAAAUUAAUUGUAAAGAAUUUUUUUGUACACUUUUUAAUAUUUAACUUGAAAAUAAUACCGCCCGCAAGGGGAGGCAGUGUGUUAAUUAUGUUAAUUACAUUUCCCUUGACCAAUAAACAGCUGUACAGGUCCUAUUUAAGGCAACAUCUAGAUUGGUACAGCCUAUAAUAGGCCAAUUCUUUCUGUAUAUGGUUUUGGAUGUGUUUUUUUCUUUUCUUUGCCCCUUUAAUUAAUCUAAACUUAAAAAGAUCACUUAUAUUUUUCUAAUUAUUUUUAUCUAACCAUUUUAAUAGUAAUUUUGUAAAUGUGCUUACAUUAUAAUAUAUAUUUCUUGUGUGCCCAAAUGUUAUAGGUUAAAGCACCAGAAAUAAAUUAUUCAGAUUACAGAA